GAACUAUUUCAUAACCUUGAAACUUCUAAAACCUUGACUCUCCGAUCCUCAAAACCUCGAAACCUUAAACCCUUGAAAUUCCAAAAAUUAAAAACAGCAGUGUCAGUCCAAAAAUUUGAAACCUUGAAGGAUUAAAACGAAACCUUGAAAGAUAAAAAAAGAAACCUUGAAUUUGAUCAAUUCUGAAUCGGUAAACACGUACAUUCUUUGAGCACACAGAACACGUGGUGAUUUCGUUAAACGGUUAAUCCAGCCCUGCUGUCUCGCGAUAAAAAUUGAAGACGCGUCGUGUCUGCAUCAACGUAACCAGGAAUCGUCACAACGACGUUUCAAACGACUAUAAAUACCAUCGUCAAAGACCGAGCAAGCUUCAGUACGCCGUUGACUUCUCGUGAUCUCUCGUCUCGAGCUUUUAUUAUUUUCACACGCUUCCUUGCUACUCUCUUUUGCGACUUCCGAAGAAAAAUGGAAAAUAAUAACAACAGAAGCAGACGUUCUUCCGCGUCUGAGAAAGCAAAAGAAAUAGAGGCGAUAAAUGGACUGGUUUCAGGAAAGAACGUCCUCAUCACCGGUGGAGCCUCAGGAUUGGGAUAUGCUUUCAUGAACCACUUCCUGAAACAUGGCGCCAACAAAGUAGCUAUACUGGACAUCGACGCGGACGCUGGGAGAAAGGUGGAAAUAACUGUCGAAAAGUCCUAUGGGGAGAAGAAGGUUCACUUUAUACACGCUGAUGUGUCUAAUUACCAACAGCUAAGUGAGGCCUUCGAAGAAGCAAUAAAAUUAAUGAACGACAUCGAUGUGGUUAUCAAUAACGCUGGUAUCUUGGACGAACGAAGAUGGGAGAAGGAAAUCGCGGUGAACAUUGGAGGCAUGGUUUCUACCGCAUUACUCGCCAUGAAAUACUUAAACAGAAACGAACUUGGACACGGUGGAACGUUGGUGAACGUUAGCCAGCAUAUUGACAUCAGAUGCACAGCUCAACUUCCGGUUUACACGGCUACCAAGCACGCCAUCAUCGGUCUUUCGCAGUCUCUCGCGGAAUCUUAUCAAUACGAGAAGACCGGUAUCCGAGUGAUAACGUUAUGCCCAGGGCUAACGGAGACCGCCCUAACAGUGGACAGUCCAAACAAGUUGCUCUCCCGAGUAAUGAAGGCAGACUUCGUGAAAAACCUCGAACAGUUAUCCAUACAAACACCGUACGUAGUGGCUCAAGGUUUGAUGUCGAUACUGAGGAUCGGUGAAUCCGGUAGCAUAUGGGUGAUCGAGAACGGGCGAAGUCCGUACGAAGUUUACGUACCGAAUCCUCGUACUUUGCGCCGCACUUACAAGAACAAUUUCACGCUGGUUGAGACCAAAGUGACGACGAGAGGUCGUCCGAUAAGAGAGGUCUGUGACAACACGCGGACAGGUCUGAUGAGUUGCGCCUGACACGAGAAUGUGACCUCUUCGAGCGUGAUCUUCUGACUUCUUCAAGAAUCAUCGCGAAUGAUUCGGAUCGCUGCGCGUCGCUGUCGCAGUGAUGGGCAGAUCGACUAUAGUACUGCCGGGCACGGUUUUGAGGUGUACUCAUUCGCGUUUAACAGAAUACAGUAAACUACAGCUAUAUUGCCAUCAUUUAUAUUACAAAUUAGAUAGGCUUUGUGUACAUUGAGAUGCUGCAAGUUUUCAUAUUUUAUCAUUUUUAAGUUUGCAAUCUUUCAAGUUCUCAAACGCAGACUUUCAAAUUUACAAGUUUCUAAAUUUACAAACAUGCUCCAUAAAAGAAUCCCUAACUGACAAUAUCAUAAGAGUUUACUGUAUACAUCGUUGCUCAUAAAUGGACGCCAAUCACAUGAUCAUAAACCUCGUGCUCGAAAUUGCUCAUCACUGCCCCGGUGAACAGUGAAGGGAAAAGUUGAGGGACAUCGAGAGACUCGGGUUUGUUCGAGCAAACUUAGAGGUUGAGGAAAAUGAAAGGUUCAAGCUGCGCUUUGCUUGAUUUUUCUUCUCAGUCAUUGAUAUAAUGUUAAGUAUUUAUACACACGCGUACACCACGCAUCGCAUUUUUGUACAUAAAUGAACGCCACCAUAUUUUACUUUUUAUUUUUUGUAAGUUUACUUAGCAUUUAAGUUGAUAAUAAUGAUAUGACUUUUCUUAUUCGA